AAAUUUCGGGUAGUAAAAUAAGGUGGCGAACAUGUUUAUUAGAUAAUGCAUUUGCCUUAGGCAGUCUCUCAGUCAUUCCGGAUAUAUCUUACUCAACAUAUGCUGAUAAGUCCGUUCUUAUCAGCUCAGGUGGAAGGCACAGAUCUCGGAGUUUAGUCUAAUAGUAUAUUGCAAUAGAGAUAAGCUUAUCAAUUGCAUCAUUUAAAAGCUUGGUUGACGAGCUUCAUCUUCAAAACGUACCAUGAACGUCACGCUUUUAAACAGAGAUAGUAAUGAAUUUGGCCGGGUAAUUACUGGUGUUGAUAUAGAGAAGCUAUCAACUGAUGACUUCAAUCUUAUCAACGACUUGCUUCACAAGUACAGCGUUCUCUUAUUUAAGAACGUAGAUUUGUCACCAGAAAAUCAGGAUAAGCUUACGAGACUUUUCGAUCCUGCAGCCAAAGGUUAUGGUCAUGGUAACAAUAAAACUGGUAGUUCUAAGAAAUCUAUCUUGCACCCUGACUUGAAGACCAUUCCUCGUAUUCCUACUGUACAAGUUAUUGGAAAUGGUAAUGUUUACAAUCAUGAAGGAUUACAGGAGGCUAAACUCAAACAUCCCCAUCAUAAAACUUUUCAUAAGACAAAAGUUAGUGAGGAAGAUGAGAAAAAGGGGAUAACACGCUUUUACAGAUGGCAUAUUGAUGCUGCUUUGUACGAUCUAGAUCCACCAAAAGUUACAACACUCUAUGCUAUCAAGGUCCCUCAGGGUCCUUUUCAGACGCUAAGGUAUGAUGACGGCUCAGGCGAAGAAUUAAAAGUACCUUUGGGGUCCACUGCAUUCGUUAGCGGGAAGAAAAUGUUUGAAAUACUCCCAGAGAAUUACAAGUCAUUAGCAGUACGUACUGAAGUUGUAUACGCAGCGCAUCCGUAUGUUUGGAUGUCAAAAGCUAAAUCGCGGUCGAACGGACUGGGACUAGAGACGGAAGGUCUUGAGUUAAGUUAUGAUGAGUUACCAGACGUCGAGGAAUCUAAGAUAAAGACAUAUCCGUUGCUAUGGAAAAACAAAGUUACUGACGAUUUACAUUUCCAAGUCCAUCCAAGCGCAAUUGCAGAAUUGAAGAUUAAACCGAUAACUUCUGAGAAUAAGAGAAAGACGGACAGUCUAUACCCUGAUGGUGCACAUAUAACAGAACUUGGAAAAGUCAGGGAAAUUAUUUAUAACAUGCAACGUCCGGCUAUAAAACCUGAAUAUGUUUAUGCUCAUGAGUGGAAUGAAAGGGAUUUGAUUAUAUUCCAGAACCGCCAAGUGCUUCAUAGUGUUGUCGGUGCGUUUGAGGAAGACCAAGUGAGAGUCUUCCAUCAAUGCAACUUAGCUGCUAGCGAGAAUGAACCUAUAGUGGGACCAUCUGUCGAUGAUGUCGAACAAUAUUUGUAAAUUAUUUUUUUUAUUUCGAUAAACUGAAACUUACGCUUUG